AUGUCUCCUCGCUGGUUUGGUCGGGAGGAGUUCAGCCCAAGCGUCGUCGUUGAGAUGGCAAAGCGAUGGCGCAUUCUGAGUCACGAAGAGGAGGUAGUUAUGCAGGGCAGCGAGCAAAGAACUGCCAAGCAAUGUCGUCCAUAUGCCUGCAUCUUGCUGAAGGUACGACAAGUGGGCUCUAAGCCGCCAGUUUACGGAAACAUGAGGAUCUACAAGCAGAUCCCUACAGAGGAGACAGUCGGCGACCGCCCCGAAGUACGAGCCAAGCAAGCGAAAGUUUGGGUUCCCCGUGAGCUCAGAGCAUACCGCCAGCUCAUGCUUAAGGUUUCGACCUUUACCCCUAAACUCCUGGACAGCUUGGAGGGAAAACAAGAUGCCGAUAGCCUAGUGCCUGGGGGUUUCAUAGUCUGGGUGGUCUCAGAGGUGAUCUCAGGUAUUCGCUUGGGAGACGAAGAGAGUGAUGAUAUCUUCUGGUCGAUGGAGUACUGUGUCCGUGACCAAAUUCGCAAUUCCUUCAAGGAGAACUACCUAAAGAUGGCUAGCUGGGGAUGGCUUCCUUUUCCUCGUACCUGUGAAGAUCUGGUCUGGGUUCCCGAAUCAUCUACCCUGUUUUUCGUGAACUGGUUUAUGCCCACCGAAGUAGUCGCGCCGCGCAAUUGGGAGGAGGGAAUCUUGUACGGCGCUGGCCUCCUCAAGCCUCCCGCAUCCCCGACUUUCUCUAUUCAGCUUUGGAAUCAUAGUGUUGAAGCUGACUCAUCAGCACAACACCACCUCGGAAGAAGGCAGCGGCAUCGCAUGCGCAUCGCAUCGCAUCAACCUUAUCGUCACGUCCAACGCCCCAAACCACCGCCGCCGCGCUGGCUCGCCGAGCACUAUCUCUAUACCUAUACCCUCCCUACCACCACAUACUACAUCCUACACACCCACCCGCCCACCAUGCAAGGCUUCAAUAUGGGACGCUACGUCCCCCCAGACCUAGAAGGCCUCACGACAGGCAACAAGCUGCACAACAAACACCCCCUCGGCUCACGCGCCCGCAACUUACAAUCCACCGGCGCCCUAACCGUGCGCUUCGAGAUGCCGUUCGCGAUCUGGUGCACGACAUGCCAACCGCACGAGACCAUCAUCGGACAAGGAGUCCGCUUCAACGCCGAGAAAAAGAAAAUCGGGAAUUACUACAGCACACCGGUAUACAGUUUCCGAAUGAAGCACGGGGCUUGUGGCGGGUGGAUCGAGAUACACACGGACCCGAAGAACACGGAGUAUGUGGUCAUUUCCGGUGCGAGGAGGAGGGAUUAUGGGGUUGAUGAGGAGGGGAGGAAGGUGGGGGAGAUAGUUACUGGGGUGGAUAGUAAGGGGAAGAUGGAUGCGUUGGAGAGGUUAGAGGGGAAGGUGGUGGAUAAGAAGCGCGGGGAUGAGGAACGGGAUCGGAUCUUGGAGUUGCAGGAGAGACAGAAAAGGGAUUGGGAGGAUCCGUAUGAGAAGAGUCGCAGGAUUAGGAAGGUUUUUCGGGCGGAGAGGAAGGGGUUGGAGAGGAAGGAGGAGGAGAGGGAGAAGUUGAAGGAUAAGUUGAGUUUGGGGAUUGAGGUUGUUGAUGAGAUUGAGAGUGAUCGGGUUAGGGCCGGGUUGGUGGAUUUUGGGGAGGGUGCGGCGGAUGGACGGAGGGCGAGGAUGAAGCCGUUGUUUGGGGUGGAAGAGGUGCGGGCUGGUGGGGGGAAGAAGGAGGGGAAGAGGAUGAAGGCUAAGGAGGUGCUCGAGGAUCGGAAGGCUGCGUUUCGGAGUGAGUUGAGGGGGAAUACGAGGGCUGCGGUGGAUCCGUUUUUGAGUGGUGAUUCCGAUGCGUGGAGGCCUGAGGUUAAGAGGAGGAAGGUUGUCUCUGGGAGUAAGGCUGAUGGGAAGGAGAGUGCUGAGAAUGGCUCGGAGAUGGAGAAGAGUGCUGGGGAGGUGGGAGAGACACCCCGCCCGAACCUUGCGUUGGUGAACUAUGCGUCGGAUUCGGAGUGA